AUGGUGGGUGUCUUGUUAUUGGAUUUAAAAAUUGCAAUCGAUGAGGUGCGACUAUUAAGGUACGAUCCCUGGCUAUCAAGAGGGUUUGGGCUGGAGAGCUCAAAACCUGUGAUUGUGGAGCUGGAAAUUCUGUACGUCUUUGUUCGUUCCGUUUACGAGUGUUCCAAAUCUCCGGCAGUUAAAAUGAGUACUAAAAUGGAAUCCCUGUUAAUCCAGAUUGAAGAAUUCUUGAAGGGUUUCAAGCAUAAUGGUUAUACCGACUCUGACGAUGACUGGCUGAAGAUCCCUUCUCUUUACAAUUUUCUCAACCAAGAAAUCGGGCUUUUGAAGGCAAAGAUCGUUGAAACUUGUCAGGCGGACGGAUCAUCUACAUCUCCUAAUUGGUUCUCCCAACCAUUCCAGGCUGCUCUGUUCACCGCCCCUGCCUGA